AUGAAGAAGUAUUUUGGAGGGGGGCUCCUGCUGCUUUUGGCAGCUGCAGUGCAGCAACUGCUGCUCUUGCCAGCGCGUGCAGCAGAGGGGCCCGCUGUAUUGGGGGCCCCCGCCAAGUCCUCUCCCGGAGCCAUUACUUCGCGAGCUCCACAACACGAAGCUCCUGGUGGCUUUUCUGAUCUAUCUGUGACGAUCGAAGACGAUGACGACUCGGAAUUCGAAGAAGCCUCUGAAGAGCUGCCGAUCCCCAGCGCUUUUGGUCGCCGCCCUGCAGCAGCGCCCGCAGUGACUGUGCCGGCAAGGCCAUCGACUGCUGCUGCUGAUGGCUUGCCUGUUUUCGCAAUUGGUACAGCUGAAGCAGCUUUGGGAGGAGCAGCAAACUCCGCAGCAGGAGCGACUGCCACUGCAGGCGCUGCAGCGGCAGACGCCGCCGCGGCUGCAGCAGUAGCAGCAGCAGCAUCAAAGACCCCUAGAGACGGCUGGACCUUCAUGCUGUACAUAUGGCGCAUCUUGACGAGAUAUUAUUUAGUUGACAUUUCUGCUGCUGUCUUGCUUGUCAUGGUUAUAUGGACGGCCGUUAAGGGGAAGGCAACGAACACAAGAGUUGCUAUAAAGUGGAUGCAGGAGGUUCGGGAGGUGUUGAGCAUCCAGUUUGCUGACGUCUCUAAAGAGACUAAAGGGUCAUUUGCUGCUCGUUCUUACGAUUGCUUUGAGCUCUUUUGCUCCGGCAGGCGCAACUGCCUAUUCAUGGAGGUUACACUCAAUUGUGUGCCGCGCCAGGAUUUGUGGCGGGGUUGGCUCCUUAAUGGGCUUGUUGGCCGGGAAAACGACGAGAUCACGCUGGAAUGUUUACUGCCGAAUGGAGGGGAGGGAAUGAUUGUUGGCUUUUGCAAAAAGGAAGACCAAAGGAGCUUCCUCGAGGCACACUGGGACGUUACGGAGUUUUGCAAGGUUCGCUUGGCAAGCCACAUGAGCGCUCUAAUACCCGAGGGGUUUUCGCUUGUGUCCGACACAUUGGAGGCAGCAGAGAAGCUUUUCGAUUUUUCAGGAGCAUCGAAACUGAUGCAGCAACUGGGCCCCCGGCUCAAGUGCCUGUACACUUCAGACCUAUGUACCAACACCAACCCUGCGCUCACCGCCACAAUCGCCGCCAUCUGCGGCACUGCUGCUGCUGGAGCAAAGAAGCCGAAGCGUGUUCUUCGAAUGAGCUACUACUUAGAGGACGGCGACUCAGAGUUCGAUCAAAGAUUACCCGUGGUAUUAGCGUGCAAGCUGGUAGACAUGCUGGCGACGAUUCGCCUGAGUGACGCUAACCGCGAGGCGGUCCGGCGCAUGCGUCUUUCCUAUGAAAAGGAGCAGCACAAGAAUCGCAGGAAGGAGCAGGAAGAGGAAGCGGAGAGACGGCGGCAAGAUAAAAAGAAAGAACAACAAAAAGCACUGGAGCGGCUUCCCCCUGAAGAAAGAAAGAAGGCUGAAGAGGCCCAAGAGGCGCGCGAGAGGAAGAAGAGCCAAAGGCAAGGAGUGAAAGUGAGAGAGCAAUUUCAUGAAGAAACGGCUAGUCAAGAGAGCGCCUGA